AGCACGAAGUACGGCGAGGCAUGUUUUAGUUCAUUUUUCUGAAUACGAAGACGCGAAUUCCCAAAAGAAGAGAGUUUAUCAAAGAUAAAAUAAAAAACAUUAUUUAAAUCGUUUAAAUUAAUUAAAUGCAUAUAAUACGUAGAAAAUUGUUUAAUGUGCAUUGUAAACCGAUCGGAGCGUGUGUAAGAAUUGCAUAAGAAAUAAAAAAGCAGCGGCAUAUAAAGUGCACAAGUGAAAUAAUACACCAACACACUUACGAUCAGAGUUACGCAGAAAUUCCCUGCAUGAGGAAUAAAAUCUCUUUUUAUUGGCUGCGUUUUGUCAAACAAACUGUUAAACUGUCAUGGCCGGUAAUGGAGAAGCUGCUUGGUGCUUCUCACAAAUAAAGGGAGCUUUAGACGAUGACGUCACGGACGCCGACAUUAUAUCCUGUGUUGAAUUCAAUCAUGACGGCGAACUAUUGGCAACUGGUGACAAAGGUGGACGUGUUGUCAUAUUUCAGCGUGACCCUGCAUCAAAAACGGUAAGUCCACGACGUGGUGAAUAUAAUGUCUAUUCGACAUUCCAAUCGCAUGAGCCCGAAUUCGAUUAUUUGAAAUCAUUAGAGAUAGAAGAAAAAAUUAAUAAGAUACGAUGGCUGCGUAGAAAAAAUCCUGCACAUUUCCUGCUCUCGACUAACGAUAAAACUGUUAAAUUAUGGAAAGUUAGUGAGCGCGACAAAUCCUUUGAGGGCUAUAAUACAAAAGGAGAGAACGGUCUAACGAAGGAUCCACAAAAUAUAACCGCCUUACGAGUUCCUUCUGUUAAGCAAAUCCCUUUAAUGGUCGAGGCCUCACCACGACGCAUCUUUGCCAAUGCACAUACCUAUCACAUCAAUUCGAUUAGUGUUAACUCAGAUCAAGAGACUUAUCUAUCGGCAGAUGAUUUACGAAUCAAUCUGUGGCACUUGGAGGUGACCAAAGAAAGUUUCAAUAUAGUUGAUAUUAAGCCCACAAAUAUGGAAGAGUUAACUGAGGUGAUAACUGCUGCCGAAUUCCAUCCAACCGAAUGCAAUGUAUUCGUAUAUUCCAGUUCGAAGGGCACAAUACGCUUAUGUGAUAUGCGUUCUUCGGCGCUGUGCGAUCGGCAUAGCAAACAAUUUGAAGAGCCUGAAAAUCCCACAAAUCGCAGCUUUUUCAGUGAGAUCAUUAGCUCAAUAAGUGACGUAAAGUUAAGCAAUUCGGGCCGUUACAUGAUCUCAAGGGACUAUUUGAGUAUUAAAGUGUGGGAUUUGCAUAUGGAAACAAAGCCUAUUGAAACAUACGUGGUCCAUGAAUAUUUAAGGGCCAAAUUGUGUUCUUUGUAUGAGAACGAUUGCAUUUUUGACAAAUUCGAAUGCUGCUGGAAUGGCAAAGAUACCUCAAUAAUGACCGGCAGCUAUAAUAACUUUUUCCGUGUAUUUGAUCGCAAUACCAAAAAAGACGUUACCUUGGAGGCCUCUCGUGACUUUCUCAAACCGAAGACGGUGCUAAAACCGCGCAAAGUUUGUACUGGUGGUAAACGAAAAAAGGAUGAAAUCAGUGUCGAUUGUUUAGAUUUUAAUAAGAAAAUUCUGCAUACAGCCUGGCAUCCGCAGGAGAAUAUAAUCGCUGUAGCCGCCACCAAUAAUUUGUUCAUAUUUCAGGAUAAAUUUUAGCUAACAUUUACAAACCAUUUUGUUAAUUCACAAUACAUAAUAUUUGAACGUC